AUGUGAAUGCUGGUGUGCUUGAAGUAUCUGUACCGGUAUUUAAUGCGUCUGUCCAGCCUUAUACCCAUAGCCCUGUGUCCAGCGUGGGAAAAACCAACAUCUGUAUACAAGCUGCACUGGAUUAGAUCUUGCAGGUCUCUGUUUACCGGAACCAAGUUUUGUGCGUUUCUUGACCGUCUGGCGAAAACAUAAGGGACGGUCAGGAACAUUAGAUGAAAUAGAACACGGUUUUUGCGUUUCAAACUGUACCUCCGGUCCUUCCCCGGCAUGAGAGCAAACUCAAAUUUUGUGAUCUGCAACGAUGGACCGUCUUCUGCUGCAGCGCGUAAGGACUCACAGCCUAUAGGAAAGAAUCUGAUUAAUGCAAGAAGAGGAAAACCGAAAGACACGGUUGAGGGCAGGACGCAGCAAAGGUUUCGAGAGACAGCGUUUUCCCCCAGUUCAGACGCGCUGCGUUUCGCAUCUGCCACUCGCAACUCGCGCACUUGGAAGGGGCUGUGGCAGGUUACGCUCCAAGAAAUGCAUUGUUUAGGUCAACCUGUCUCCAUCGAUCGUCCUCCGUUUGUCUCCUUUCAUUUCACACAUUCACAGUCUAUCGUAAGUCCCAUGCGGAGGUGUCGCGAAAAGAAAAUCGGCUGCAUUCGCCUGGCCUGGAUUCAUCUUGGGUGCCUGCUUGCUAUCUGUAGUCCCAUCUUCGUCUCAGGAACCUUGGGCCGGCCAAUGUAG